AUGGCCCAGGGGAAUAAUUAUGGGCAGACCACCGACGGGGUGGCGGAUGAAUCACCCAACAUGCUGGUGUACAGGAAGAUGGAAGACGUCAUAGCACGCAUGCAAGAUGAAAAAAAUGGAAUUCCUAUUCGUACGGUCAAAAGCUUUCUCUCCAAGAUACCUAGUGUCUUCUCUGGGUCAGACAUUGUUCAAUGGUUAAUAAAGAACUUAACUAUAGAAGAUCCAGUGGAGGCGCUCCAUUUGGGAACAUUAAUGGCUGCCCACGGUUAUUUCUUUCCAAUCUCAGAUCAUGUCCUCACACUGAAGGAUGAUGGCACCUUUUACCGGUUUCAAACGCCCUACUUUUGGCCAUCAAAUUGUUGGGAGCCGGAAAAUACAGACUAUGCGGUUUACCUCUGCAAGAGAACAAUGCAAAAUAAAGCAAGGUUGGAACUAGCAGACUAUGAAGCUGAGAGCUUGGCCAGGCUGCAGAGAGCAUUUGCCCGGAAGUGGGAGUUCAUUUUUAUGCAGGCAGAAGCACAAGCAAAAGUGGACAAGAAAAGAGACAAAAUUGAAAGGAAGAUCCUUGAUAGCCAAGAGAGAGCAUUCUGGGAUGUACACAGACCUGUGUCUGUCUAUGGUUUACAGAAUGAUAUUAGAAGCCACAGCCCUACCCACACACCCACACCAGAAACUAAGCCUCCAACAGAAGAUGAGUUACACCAACAGAUAAAAUAUUGGCAAAUACAGUUAGAUAGACAUCGGUUAAAAAUGUCAAAAGUUGCUGAUAGUCUACUAAGUUAUACGGAACAGUAUUUAGAAUACGACCCAUUUCUUGUGCCACCUGACCCUUCUAACCCAUGGCUGUCCGACGAUACUACUUUCUGGGAACUUGAAGCAAGCAAAGAACCAAGCCAGCAGAGGGUAAAACGAUGGGGUUUCGGCAUGGAUGAAGCUUUGAAAGACCCAGUUGGGAGAGAACAGUUCCUUAAAUUUCUAGAGUCAGAAUUCAGCUCAGAAAACUUAAGAUUCUGGCUAGCAGUGGAAGAUCUGAAGAAAAGGCCGAUUAGAGAAGUCCCCUCCCGAGUUCAGGAAAUAUGGCAAGAGUUUCUGGCUCCGGGAGCCCCCAGUGCCAUUAACCUGGAUUCUAAGAGUUAUGACAAAACCACACAGAAUGUGAAGGAACCCGGACGUUACACAUUCGAAGAUGCUCAGGAGCACAUUUACAAACUGAUGAAAAGUGAUUCAUACCCACGUUUUAUAAGAUCCAGUGCCUAUCAGGAGCUUCUACAGGCAAAGAAAAAGUCUGGAUACUCAAUGGAUCGCAGAACAUCUUUUGAGAAAUUUGCACAGAAUAUGGGCAGAAACAUCCCCAUUUUCCCAUGCCAUAAAAACUGUACACCAACACUGAGGGCCAGCACUAACCUGUUAUGA